ACACAGCCAACACAGAAAGUUAUAGCCAAGCCUCAAAGGAAGUCAGGGAUGGUUAAAGGACUUAUUCUAGCAGGACUCCUGGUCCUGCUCUGUCAUGAGCUAACUGUACAAGCUCAUGUGUUGAGUAGGCACAACAGUGCCAACAGCAUUGGCAAGAUCAAGAACUUGCUCCAGCAGCUUGAAGAAGCCUUGGUAGCUGAAGAGGACGCUGAAGGUGCUGUGGAUUAUGAGGACAGGAACAUAGCACUAAGUCAAAGCCAGGUUUCUCCAGGCAGAGAGGACCAGGCUGUUGCCCCGAAUGAGGACAGCAACACAGAUGAGGGACUCGAGAUGCAGAGGAAGCACCUCAUGGAUCUCCUGCUGUCCACAAGGAGCAAGAACUUCUCCGGCUGCUUCGGCGGAAGGUUGGACCGUAUCGGGUCCUCCAGCAGCCUCGGCUGCAACUCCAUGAAAGGUUGAAACCUCUCCGGCAAGGGACUGGAUCUGUUUGCAGUUCAUGUGGACAGCAUGUAGGUAACAGUGCUUCAGAAAAACAUGCUGAAAAACUGUUGAACUGGGCAAGCAUAAAUUUAUAGUAUUGGUGUGAAAGUGUGAAUGUAAUUCAGUGAUUUAUAGUUCUAACAUUUCUAAGAUUGAUUUAAAUUUGAGGGUAGUUUCUUGCUAAAUUAACACAGCUAACGGAUGUAUCGUUGAUUUUCAUUUUAUAGAGAAGAUCACAUUGUUUUGUCUAUGUAUUCACAUUGUACUUACCAGCUGACUUUUGUCUCUGGAGUUUAUUUAUCUAGAUUAUUCUUCUGCUUUGACUGUUCUCUUUGUUAUGCACACAAACAAUCUACAUGUAUGUAAGGUUUCUCUUUUCAGUCAAAUCAAAACGACUUUGAAAUGUCUCAGUGUGAAUAAAUAAAUAAAUCCUUUAUUUUG